GGGAAGACGAUAAUUAAGAAAGAACUUCAAAACUUCAAAUAAAGUGUAGAGUUGUAUGUGUAGUUCAGAGGGGCUAUAUUUUCUCUCGUUUCUUAAUAUUUGAUCUGAAAUUAUAACGUGUAUAUUCAUGUGUUUACAAAAUAAUAAAAAGUGGCAGGCAUAUUCAAAUUAAAUAGUUUGACAUGACUUCCUCCCAUGUACCAUCUACACAAAUGCUUAGUCUACAAAAGGUUCUUUAAACUUCAUGGGACGUUGCAUGAAAACGAUGUGGAGAUAAUAAUGAUUACACUAUUAAGCUACUAAUCAGUAAUCACCAUCACAAAUUGCAUUAUUAUUAAAAACUAAUCGACGGAUAUGGAAGAAAGGACGAAGGAAUAAAGAUAUUUGCAAGAUCUUAAACUGAGGGUUUUUUUUUCUGUCCAAUGUCAUUUUCAUCCAGCUGCAACCCACAAAAUUUCGUGGAUAAUUACAUUAAUUAGUGAUGAAAACAAAGCAAGAAAGCUCCAAAGUUUGGAAAAUUUUGUGAAGUCAUUUCACUUUCUAUAACAGCAUAAAAGAACUAUAUUCUUCUCACUAACAAUUGUGGCGGAAGGCCCUCUUCUUGUUAAAAUACUUCAUGAUCAUUCAUUAUUAUCACACUCGAACUUCAUAGAGGUCUUCUACGUGACUACGUACCUCGACACUUCAACGUCCAAGCAUAUUGGAAAGCUCCUCACAGAUGAUCACACAAAAAUUGUCGUGAAUGAAGUUCAAAUUACUAAUCUCAUAAUUAAAACACGAGGCGAUCAACUACCAUGAUAAUAAAUCCUUGUGCUUUUGUUUCUAAGGGGUCGCUUGGAAGUUAGUGAUUGUUAAACAGAUCCAUUGUUGUGAAUGCAUGUACAAUAUUCUACAUGUAUAGUAGAAUUUGAUGCAUUGUAAUAUACAACGUCCGGUAUCUGUGAUUGUAUGUCACAUCAGCUAAAAGGUGAGACAAAAUAAUUCCAACUCAACAAUUACUGCUAAAAGUUGAGAUAUAACAAUCACUCAAUUUGAGUGAUAGUUUCUGUCACAUAACAAAAACAAUCCAUGUUAUUGUUUCUGUUAAAAAAUCAAAAGAAUGAUUCAUUCUAAAUAAUACAUGCAUAAUAACUAUCUCACCAAAACAAUCGUUCCUAAAAAAAAAUCAAUCGUAACUUCCAAACCAUCGCUAAGUUACGAUGAGUUGCCAUCGUGGUUCAAUUGGGCUCCAAUGCGGAUCCCUCGACCAAAUGGAACCAUAAAUUAUUUUGGACUUUCGGCCCAACAACUUUAAAAAAAAAAAUAAUUCAUAAUAGGUCAUUCAUUGUUCGAAGCGGGAAUUAAUCGGGUCAUCUCUUAUCUUUUCCGGGUCCCAUUCUUUUCGAAUUCAUUUUCCAGUUCGAAAACCCUUUCUACCAAAUCUCCGAUCGACUCUUCCCUCAACUCGCCGCCGUCCUUCUCCAUAGACCCUACUCCGGCGCCGUUGUUUCCUGCAAUUCUCAGUCGUGGAAUACCAGCCGUCAUUUAAGGUUUGCUGUUUCGAUCUCUUUCCUGACCAAGCUUGUUCCAUUUAUUAGUCCCGAUGUCAUGACUUCGAAUUUAGAAUCUCGAUGUUGAAUUCCAUUCGUAGAUGCUAUUGCGAUGUUGGAUAACAAAUCAAUCGAUCUAUUUUCUUGGGCCAAGAGAUGGUUUUCCCAAUUUGUAUUUUUGAUGGUAUGUUCAGCUAGGUGCUGAGUGGAGAGAUGGAUCCAGAUUCAGUGAAAUCGACUUUGUCCAAUUUAGCUUUCGGGAAUGUAAUGGCGGCAGCGGCUCGCGACUACCAGAAGGAAAUACUUGCUCAAGAGAAGGCUCAGCCUUCUGCAAACCAAGAGAUUGACCUUGAUGAGUUGAUGGACGAUCCAGAGCUAGAAAAACUACACGCUGACAGAAUCGCUGCACUGAAGAGAGAAGCUGAGAAGCGAGAGUCCCUUAAGAGGCAAGGACACGGAGAAUACAGGGAGAUAACUGAAGGGGAUUUCUUGGGUGAAGUCACGAAGGGUGAUAAAGUCAUUUGCCACUUCUAUCACAAGGAGUUUUACCGCUGCAAGAUAGUGGAUAAGCAUUUGAAGGCUCUGGCUCCGAAGCAUGUGGAUACCAAGUUCGUGAAGCUGGAUGCUGAGAAUGCUCCCUUCUUUGUUGCUAAACUUGGAAUAAAAACUCUGCCUUGCGUCAUACUGUUCAGGAAAGGGAUUGCAUCGGAUAGACUGGUGGGAUUCGAAGAUCUCGGUGGUAAAGAUGACUUCCCAACUACAAGGAUCGAGAACUACUUCAUAAAGAAAGGUAUCAUUAGCGAGAAGAAGAAAGGCAACGAGGAUGACGAGGAAGAGUAUGACGAAAGCCGUCGCAGGACAGUGAGAUCGUCUUUGGAUGCUGAUUCUGACUCGGAUUAAGUGAGAAGAGAAGUAUGCAGCAGCGGGUCACCUCUCUGAUUCGUAAAAUGUACUUUUGUUAUAAUGUCGAUAAGAGAAGUAAGCUCUUGCCUUCUGAAAGUUCAGCCUCGUGGCAGUAAAGAGAAGUUCAGCCUCGUAGCAGUAAAGAGUAAACUCUUCUUCUCCUGAUCGGUUGAGUGGGAUUCCUACCUAGCUCAGCUGCUGUAUUUGGUGUUAACUAGAGAUUCUAGUUUGUAUGGUUAGGAGUAGGGUUGCAAAUGAGCCGAGUCGAGUUUUACCCCAGUUUGAGCUCGGCUCGUUUAUUAACGAGUUGAGUCGAGCUCGAGCUAACUUGUUUAAUAAAAUCUUGACUUUUAUUUGGUACUUCAUUUUGUAUAUCAUGACACGUAUGAUUUAUUUUGUUAGCUAAUCUCAUAUGAUACUUUGUUGGUAUCAUAUAUCAUUUAGUUAAUAAAUUUUAACUACUCCAAAUCGUGUUAUUUUAUAGUAUCGAAGCUAUCUAUGAUACAUAAUUUCUUUUUAAAGUAGAAAAUAAUAUAUAUUUGCUAUGAAUUAAAAAUCAUAAGAUAUAGAUUGAUUCGUCCAUAACUUGGUACUUGAGUUGGCUCUCUAGCCAUAUGUUGAGACAUAUCAUGAGUAGCUCUAAACGAGCCAGCUCACGAGUUAAGCUCAACAAGUCACCGAGUCGAGCUAGCUUCACGAGCUGAACAAAGCUUAGCUCAUGUUCGGCUCAUUUAUUAACGAGUCGAGUUUCGAAUGAGCUUUUCUCGAGUCGAACACUGGUUGGUGAAGUACCCAUUUGGUACAGAAAUUACCCGGCCAACAAACUAGUUUUAUAAAGAAAAAGGUUUCCGCGGCCCGCAAAAAAGUGCUCAUCCUCGC